AUGAUAACGCAGGUUACAUCCUGUGGGGAGGUCGCCACAGGUGUUAUCAGUGAUGCGAGUUUCGCCCCUCCUCAUCUCCUCAUCAGAUGCACAGGAGCAAAGUGGGCCGUGCUCCGGAAUGACCAGGGUAUACCCCGGUCUAUCGGCACUACUGUUCCUGGCAUGCUGCGCAUUGGUAUUGUGGCGCUUUUCGUCACAUUUGUUUACAAUUUCAUGCUGUAA